GUCACAUUUAUCACAUUCACCACGAGUCAGUCAACUGCCAUAUGCGGCCCAUUCCAAUUGUGUAAUGAUACAUUCAAUCCUGUUGUUACAUGUAUAGAAUGCCUCAUUGAGGCUGGCGGUUAUCACUGUAUCCCCACGGGAGCUCCUUUUCGUUCGCUCACCAAGUACAUUAAUGUGUUGUGAUACAACCAAAAAUCCACGGUGGGCAAGCUAAGCUGCAUCCAGCGGUAUAGACAAAACUUCACUUCUCCGAUAUAGACACCACAAAGAAACCACGCGCAUGGAUGAUUCAGACCUACAUGAUGCCUUCCCAGAUGAAGCCCCCAUAGGCGAAGACUCUAUCCUUUCGACACGAGGUCUCGAAGCUUUUACUCGAAAGGUUACCACCACCGCGAGUCAUCUAGCUGGCCAUGCCGUCGAUCCCAGCGGGAGUCACUACCACAACGCCAUGGGCCACGUUCACAAGCAGCUCUCGCGGCCUGCCAUGCAGCGACGAAUGUUCUCGAUGGCCAGGACGUCUCCUACCGAUCUUGUUCGCUCCAAGUUCUCGACAGCCGAAAUACAAUCUCGCGCCCUUUCAUACUUAUCCGACGAAAUGCUGCAGAAUAUUCCCGAAGAUGAAAAUGCAUACUCUCUUUUCCAAGGCUUUCAGGCGAGCUUCCCCGAUAUAACGACAGACAGCAACAAGAAACACAGGAGAAGAGCCUCGAGAGGGAGGAAGAUGCUAGAGGAGUCGCCGAUGCCCGCCGAUAGCCCACAACAUUUGCACAAGUUAAAGAAGGGAAGGUCUACCUUGAUUCACGAACUGGAAAUGCUUGCGAUCAGGAAAAACAUGGCCAGUAGCGAAAUACGUGAGAUCGACAACAAGAUCGCAAAUCUUUCGGGUAUGCGCCGGAUCAUUCUAGAUAGGUUGGCAGAUUUGGAACAUGAAGAAUCUCUAUUAGAACAUGAUAUUGUCGAUAUGGAAAGUCGGAUAGAUGUAGCACAGGUACUCGUUGAUGAGGCUGAAUCGAUAGCCGCCGCCAAUGCGGAAACUACAAGAUCAGAUGAGGAUGAUCUAAUAACGGAUGAAGAUGUUGAUGAAUUCAUGUCAAAAUCCGUAUAUGAGAAGAUACCGCCUGUAUCAAAUACGCCCUCUGGCCACAGACGACAGAAGUCCAUGCGACGGAGAUCUAUGCCUGUCUUACACGAACAUUUCGAUCCUGGCUUCAAUAUUCGGGAGAUCAAAGCUCACGCUGACCAAAUCACAGCUUUAGAUUUCGAUGUGCCUUUUGGUACUAUGGUCUCGGCGUCCCUGGAUGACACGGUCAAAGUAUGGGAUCUCAAUGCUGGGCGUUGUAUAGGUUCACUGGAGGGUCAUACGGCGUCUGUGCGGGCGCUGCAAGUUGACGACAACAUCCUUGUCACAGGUUCUGCGGAUGCCACUGUAAGGUUAUGGGAUUUGAGUAAGGCUCACUAUGAUCCCCAUGGCAGCCGCUUUGGACGGGAUGACGAAGAAGAUGACGGAAUAGCCUUUGAAAACCCAGACGAUCAGCCGGUUGAUCCUCCAGCCGGAAGCAUGGCGGAUUGCCCGCUGUUUAUACUGCAAUCGCACGUUGAUGAAAUUACUGCUCUACACCUCCGAGGCGACGUACUAGUUUCGGGCUCCUCGGACAAGACACUACGUCAAUGGGAUCUUGAAAAAGGUCGCUGUAUACAAACGUUAGAUGUGAUGUGGGCGGCCGCGCAGGCUUCCGCAUCUCUUGGCUCCGGCGAAGGCACAUGGAGACAGACUUCCCGCCAGGCCUCGGGUGCCGCCGAUUUUGUAGGCGCACUGCAAGUUUUUGAGUCCGCUCUUGCGUGUGGCACGGCGGAUGGAAUGGUUCGCCUAUGGGAUCUGCGCAGUGGCCAAGUCCACCGCAGUCUUGUUGGGCAUACCGGACCAGUCACUUGUCUGCAGUUUGACGACGUACAUAUCGUUACAGGAAGUUUAGAUCGAAGCAUACGGAUAUGGGAUCUGCGUACAGGAUCUAUCUUCGAUGCAUAUGCGUAUGAUAACCCAAUCACCAGCAUGAUGUUCGAUAGCCGGCGCAUCGUCAGUGCUGCCUGCGAGGACGUCGUCAAAGUGUACGAUAAGAUGGACUCGAGGCAGUGGGACUGCGGCGCGGGUAUCACUGAGGCCGAAGACGGACGCACGCCCGCCAUCGUCGAACAUGUGCGCAUUAAAGAGGGAUACAUGGUCGAAGGGCGCCGAGAUGGCUUGCUCGGUGUAUGGGCGUGCUAGAAAAAAACUUGCGAGCAAUGGCUGCAUCACAGGGUCAAAGGGGCUUCAGAUAUACUGUAUAUAUGUAUACUUUACGAAGAGAUGUUUUUUGCGUGCACGGCCUGGAUUCCAUGACUGAAGUUACUUGGCCAAGGAUCAACGAAGAUGAACACCGUUAUUCGAACACGUCAUAUGAAGCUUUACUUCUACUUCGUGCCACUUCUUGUAGCCCCGAUGGUUGCGAACGAACUCUUGUGCGCCCAUUUUAUAAGUACAAUUAUCGUCAAAUUGCGAAUUGAAUGCUUGUAGGUCCAUUGGUGUAUAUAGUUUAUGAGGAGUGAGAAUAUGAUAUGAAUGUCUUCGCCUCAUCAGCG